AUGGGCUUUGCGCUGGGAACCAAGAUGGCCAACGGCCAGUGCAAGACGCAGCAGGACUACGAGGCCGACUUUGAUGCCAUCAAGUUUCAAUCGGACGCCACCAUGGUGCGAGGCUACUCUGCGGCCGACUGCGACAUGGCCAAGCAUGCUCUUGCGGCUGCAAAGGCAAAGGGCUUCAAGGUUAUGUUGGGAAUCUGGCCCGACGUCGAAGCAUCCUUCAAGCGGGACCUCGCGGCCGUCAUUGCCGUCGCAUCCUCGUACCCGGGUACUCUGUACGCGGUAACGGUAGGCUCGGAGACGCUGUACCGGCGCAACUUCACGGGCGCGGAACUCGCCGACAAAAUCAGCACAGUGAAAGCGCAGCUGCCCGAGGGCGUCAAAGUCGGGACGGCCGACACGUGGAACCGGAUUGCCGAUGGCACUGCCAACGCGGUACUUGGCGUAUCGGAUAUCCUGCUCAUAAACGCAUUUGCAUUCUGGCAGGGCGCCGCCAGAAACGACGCACCCCGGAUCCUGUUCGACGAUAUGGCGCAGGCGGUUAGGCGUGUGGAGAGCGAGCUUAAGGGGGACAAGGAUAAGAUACCGGAGAUAUGGGGCGGCGAAACAGGCUGGCCCACAUCCUCAGACUCGCACUACGAAGAUGCCGUCGGCGGCUUGGACAACGCGCGCUACUACUACCAGCACGGGUACUGCGGCAUCGUGAACUGGGGGUACAAUGCGUUUUACUUUGAGGCGUUUGACGAGCUGUGGAAGCCCAUGUCCGUCGGCAAGAAUGGGCAUGCGGCGGAUGAGACGACGUGGGGGGCUAUGACGGCGGAUAGGAAGGCCAAGUUUUCGCUCAAGUGCUAG